UCGCGCGGACGCCGCUGCCCCGGUCCUCCGCCGGACCCGGCGUAAUGCCCGCCAAUGGCGAGGCGGCUGAGGGCCCGCCACCUGUCCGCAGCCAGGGCGGGCGGCGGCGGGGAGGCGUCGCACUCCAUGGUAACGACGCCGGCUCGAAGAUGGCGGCCGCUGGGGCUGGAGGAGCGGGCGGCCUGGGAGCAGGCCCGCGGGGCCGCUGGGGCGGCUGCCUGUGGGUGCGAGGCGUCCUGCUCGUGCUGGGCGGGCUCCCGGCCGGCGCCGCGGCUGCUCCCGUCUCCCUGAGCACUUCGCCGCCGUGUCGGCAUCACGUCCCUUCCGACACUGAGGUCAUAAGUAAGGUUCAUCUUAAGACGAAUCAUGUGGUCAGGAGAGACACUGAUGGGCACCUGCGAAUCAAGACUGUCUACGAUGCAAGCAUUGAAGAGCUGCUCCCAGAGAAAAGAUACCUUGUAAAGAACAAACUCUUCCCCCAAGCUAUUUCUUACUUAGAGAAAACAUUUCAGGUUCGUCGACCUGCCGGCAGGAUCUUACUUAGCAGACAAUGCGCUACAAACCAGUACCUCCGGAAGGAGAAUGAUCCGCACAGGUACUGCACAGGGGAGUGUGCGGUGCACACCAAGUGUGGCCCCGUUACCGUGCCCGAGGAGCAUCUCCAGCAAUGCAGGGUGUGCCGAGAGGGUAAGUGGCCCUGCGGAGCAGUGGGUGUGCUAGACCACGAGGGGGUCCAGGAUGCAGACUUCAUCCUCUAUGUCGGUGCUCUGGCCACUGAACGGUGCAGCCAUGAAAACAUCAUCUCCUACGCAGCCUAUUGUCAGCAGGAGGCGAAAAUGGACAGGCCGAUAGCAGGAUAUGCUAACCUGUGUCCAAAUAUGAUCUCCACCCAACCGCAAGAGUUUAUUGGGAUGCUGUCCACAGUGAAGCAUGAGAUCAUUCAUGCCCUGGGUUUCUCUGCUGGGCUUUUUGCAUUCUACCAUGAUCAAGAUGGAACUCCCUUGACCUCACGGUCUGCAGAUGGCCUCCCGCCUUUCAACUAUAGCCUGGGAUUGUACCAGUGGAGUGAUAAAGUAGUUCGGAAAGUGGAGCGGCAGUGGAAUGUGCGAAAUAAUAAGAUAGUCCGCCACACUGUGUAUCUCCUGGUGACACCUCGUGUUGUUGAAGAAGCACGGAAGCAUUUUAACUGCCCAGUUCUAGAGGGAAUGGAACUUGAAAAUCAAGGCGGGAUGGGCACUGAGCUCAACCACUGGGAAAAGCGCUUGCUAGAGAAUGAAGCAAUGACUGGUUCUCACACCCAGAACCGAGUCCUCUCUCGAAUCACUCUGGCAUUAAUGGAGGACACUGGCUGGUACAAAGCGAAUUACAGCAUGGCGGAGAAACUCGACUGGGGCCGAGGAAUGGGCUGUGAAUUUGUCAGAAAGAGCUGUAAAUUCUGGAUUGAUCAGCAGAGGCAAAAGCGGCAGGUGCCAAGCCCAUACUGUGACACACUGAGGAGUAACCCACUGCAGCUGACUUGCAGACAGGACCAGAGAGCCGUUGCCGUGUGUAACCUGCAGAGGUUUCCUGACCCUUUACCACCAGAGUACCAGUUUCCAUUCAGUAAAUUUGAUCUGCUUGCAUGUUUUUGUUUUGGGAGGCAGUUUCCUCUGAGCCUGGCUUCAGACACAGCUCUUCCUGCUUUGCCUUCUAAGACCUGGGGCCAUAGACGUGAGCAGGCCGCCUCAGCAAAAAUGUUUAAAAACUACGGUGCAGAAAAGUACGGCCCUCAUUCGGUCUGUCUGCUUCAGAAAUCAGCGUUUGUCAUGGAACAGUGCGAGAGGAAGCUCAGUUACCCAGACUGGGGUAGUGGAUGCUACCAGGUUUCUUGUUCUCCUCAAGGUCUGAAGGUUUGGGUUCAAGACACUUCAUAUCUGUGUAGCCGGGCUGGGCAGGUCCUCCCUGUCCGCAUUCAGAUGAAAGGCUGGAUUCACAAUGGAAACCUACUGUGCCCCUCCUGCUGGGACUUUUGUGAGCAGUGUCCCCCGGAAACUGACCCUCCUGCUGCCAACCUGACCCGAGCCCUUCCUCUGGACCUUUGCUCCUGUUCUUCUAGCCUGGUGGUCACACUUUGGCUCCUCCUAGGCAAUCUAUUUCCCCUGCUGGCUGGAUUUCUUCUGUGUGUGUGGCACUAGGAACGGAAAAGUGGAUUCUCAAGAUGACAGUUUUGGCAUGUUCCCACGGACAAAGCACAAAACCUGGGCAAGGGCCAGCCCUGGCAGGCGAUGAGAUGGCAGAGGUGGCAUCCCUGACUCUGGCUUGGAUGUGCCAGCCGCAGCAGGACUGUGACGCAUAGCUCCACUGCAGUCACUCUCCAGCCACACAGCCACCUCGGAGCUUAGAGAGGAAUCGUAGGUGCCCGAGGCUCCUUAGUGUGUGGAUGUGCAUAUGGAUGUGCAGUCUUCUGGCAGCGAGUUCUCCUUUCAGUGCAGGACGGACGGUGGGAUUUGUCGUGACCACAUACCUCAGCAUUUGUGUUAACUGAAAAGUUCCUGAGCACUGAGGUCACUCACAGAGCAGCUGACCGACCACUCCAGAGUUCUAAGUUGACUGUCCCACCCUCCAAAGGACAAAAGUGGUCGUUGGGGUUUCAGAAUUCCCGUCGCCAUUGCACAAGCUUUAAAUGAGCACCUGGACACGAGACAAUCAAAUCAUCAUGCUCUUUGUCACUUCCGUUUUGCUUCUGACGUAACUGUGUUUGCCUUUCCUGCCAGCUGUGUGGCCCGUUUGCCACCAGGCUGUUGCUAGUGUGCUGUCGGCUCUAAGCCGUCUUCGUCUGAGCUCAACGUCCACUUGCUUUUCUCAUUAAUUUCAUAGCAACUUGAAAACCCAUGGGAGAGUGUGCUGUACAGUGUAUAGGAAGAUCGCUGAAAUCGAGAAACAGAAGACAGCAUGAUUGUGCGUGCCCGGGUAAUAGUUAAAAGAACUGUAAAAAUCUACCAAAACCCAAGUGGUCCUUUCAGCCUAUGGACAUUAAGAGUUUAGACGUGGACAGGCAUGCAGUUACAUCCAAGUAGACUGAGCUGUUACAGACGAAGAGCUAAUCUCUGGAAGUUAUUUCAUGGACAAGAAGGAAAGCUCAAGUCAAAAUAAGGUGAUCUGGAUUGUUUCCAAAGAGCCAAGAGUAGGUUGGACAUCCAGCUGCCCACGGGGCCCAGUGCCCUUCAGAGGUGGAAGAUAACGUUUGCUUUAACUGUCUGUCUCUUCCCACGAUCCACACUCCUGCUCUGCUCUGGUUCCAGGGCUUACCAACCCUCCAGUGACUCAACCUUGACAUUCCUCAAUGAAGACUGAGGUCCUGUCUUUCUCCCUAAAGGUGAUGAGUUCUGUAGCCUUCAGGAGCAGCAAGAUAGCCCAGGAGCUAAAGACACUUGCCACCAAGCCUACUGUCCUGAGUCUGAAUCCUGGAGACCACGUGGAAGAUGAAAGGGACUGACUGCUGAGUUCCUCUGACCCACACACAUGCACAGCAAGUACACACAAGUAAAUGUUAAACAGUGUUUAGAACGAAACAUGACAUUUAGACACCUCCAACCUCCCCCCCCCAUUCCAUCCAGCCUAUAGUUAGGGAAUGUUCUAUGUAAGGAAGCAUGGGAGCCUGCUUAGAAAGCAGAGGAAGGGAGGUCUUGAGUUCAAGGUCACCCAGCUACAUACGGAAUUUGAAUUUAUAGCGAGUAUUGGCUGCAUGAAACACUGUCUUGAGAAUCAAGAGAAGAAAGAAAUUGUGUAAGCGAGUGAAUCCCGGGCACUAAGUGGUAACUCCAGUAACCGCGAUACUGUGGCAGGACGGCAGGACGGCAGGCCUCGGAAUGAAGGGAAACUCCCCUUUGUUUUUAGAGGCAGGAAGUUAAAAUGUGUGCUGCCUACAGUACAAGUUAGAGGAAUUCAUCGUUGUGAAAAGCGGGGGGGGGGUCCCCAAAUUCAGUCAUAGAGAAUUCGCGGUCUGUAGACUAUCACCCUGUUUCACCAGUGUUCGGUGUUCUUUAAGUCAUACGUCAGAAAAGCGAGGAUGUGUUGAAAGAAAUAUGCAGUAUGCUGGGCAUGAUGGCGCACGCUUUUAAUCCCAGAACUUGGGAGGCAGAGGCUGGUGGAUCUCUGAGUAUAAGGCCAGCCUGGUCAAAGUAAGUUCCAGACCAGCUGGGGCUGCAUAGUGAGAUGAACCUGUCUAGAGGUGGGGGGAAAGAAAUAUACAUUAAACUUUCAUACCUAUGAUGAUUAUGAACCAUCUUACAAAAUGUAUAAAAAAUUUCACCAAAAAUGUCAGUGGAAUGUAUUGAGAGGCAGUGGUAGGUUUGACCACAUUUUGACUGUUGUGCAGUGGUGCCAUUUAGGUGGUAGUGUUUCCAAGCAUGGUGCUUUUUAUACUUGAAAUAUAUUUUUGCUUUAUUUUUUAAUUAAUAUAAUUAUAUUUGCACUAAUGACUUCCUGGAGAAAAUGUUACAGAAGAUGUUUUUUGUAUAUAUAUUUAUUCAGCUUGGAAUGUGAUGUCUCAGUGUUUUCUCUGCACAAACGUGAAACUUAUGCAGUCCAUGUCAGGAAGCACUGGACUCCCGAGGGUUCCUAGCCUAGUUGCUUGGUCCGCUCCUCUCCGGUAAGGCUAGAGCGAAGUCGCUCCUCUCUGGUGAGACUAGAGCGAAGUCACUCAUCCGUGAUCCCACAUUGUAUACUUAGCAAGACUUAGAUGGUCACAGCCCGGUCACAGCCCGUAAGACAAUUUAAGAGGCUCAUCGUCACUUUGAGUAUAGCAGCUAAGAAGAGCCCUCUAUAGUCAGAUUCUGAUGGAGAUUUAGCUGUAGAAGUCAUCUGACCUGAAGAACUCAAUACAGCCUGUGCUAGCGUUCUGUGGCAGAUCAGCCUUUCACAUCAAAAGGACCAAACCAGUGGCUAAGGAGGAGACCCAGCAGGGCGCUCCAUGCUGGAAAUGAGGUGGGGCAGGAAGGAGGGGGGGGGGGGACCGUAGACUGUUUUCCCUUCCCUGAAUCAGAAAGGUCAAGUGUUUAUAAAACAGGCUACCUCGGUGUUCAGUUCAAGCAGCUCGUGGUGUUUCAAGGUCCUAGGUGUCACGCAUACCACGUGAGUUGUCUCAGGUUUUCUCAGAGUUUGCAGGAAGGAAGCAAAGCCAUGUGAGGGUCCUUGAGCAAGGCGAGAAGGAGCUAGGCAGCGUUUGAUAGACUGUGUCGCCUCCUCUGAUUAGUCUGCAGAACAUCCUUCCAGUAAUCCUACGUUUUCCCAACAGGAUCCUUAUAUUUCUAAGACCAAAUGGGCAUUCUAUAAAUAUUAUAAAUUAUGUUAGCAUUAGUUUUCAGCCUAGGUUGACCUAGAGUUUAUUGAGAUUUGAAGAUAUCACAUAGUCGUAUGGGUUGUAAAUAGUUUUAAGAAGACACAUAAGUAAGCUUAUCAGAGUAUUCCGGGAAAUGUUAUUAAUGUUUCUUCAAUAUUAGACUUACAGAUUGAACCGGGCAUGGUGUUCAUGCCUGUAAUACCAGUACGGGAGAGAUAGAGGCAGGAGGAUUAUGAUUUUAAGACCAGCCUGGGCUACAGAGAGAGACACUGUCUCAUUCCAACCGCCCCCAGAGAAAAGAAGAUUUCCCGAUUGUGGCCAUGUAUAAGCAGUAGGGUGGUUGGGUAAAGCCAGGACUGACUCUUGACAAGAACUGGUCACUGCUGGCCCUCCUCAGCCUCCUGGAGUCUCCAGCCAAGACGCUGUCUGUGCUCCAUGCCUUGCCCAGCUGUGGACGUAGAAGCCAGAUGAUCAGAGAAGAGCCCGUCUCUGCAGACACUGAGUGGUCCCUGCAGGAGGUCAUGGACAUUGCUCACACCUCACAGCCAGCUUCACUGGGCACUCGUUCUCUGGGCCGUGACCGUUGCCCCAGGCUCUGCUGUCUGGGUGCUCAUUCUGAAGGAAGGACUGAGCUGGAGAAAAGACUUUUGGUGGUGAUGGUGGUGGUGAAUUUUUUUUUUUUUUUCCUUUUUUAAAAUUAGGUUGACACUGGGAAGGGAAUCCUUUUGUUUACAUUUUUAAUAAGUAAAAUAGAUUUUAAAAUUAGUCUUUAUUUAUGCUGGUGAAUUUUAAGUGUAAUAUAUUCCUUAGAAAAACAUCUAAUAAAAAUGGAAGCUAACUUGAAGCUUUACCUAAAAC